AUGUCGUAAUACAUUAAUACUCUUCUUUCUCGGAGAUCAAAAAGUUGUGACAACAAAAUGACGACCGUUGCGGAUGGUGUUAGAGAAAAAGCUCUUUCUGACUACAGAAAGAAGCUCUUAGAACAUAAAGAAUUGGAGGCUCGCUUGAAAGAAAUGAGAGAACAACUCAAAGAUCUUACAAAACAAUAUGACAAGUCAGAAAAUGACCUUAAAGCCUUACAGAGUGUUGGCCAGAUUGUUGGAGAGGUUCUGAAGCAGCUGACAGAGGACAAAUUUAUUGUGAAGGCAACAAAUGGUCCCCGGUAUGUGGUUGGAUGUAGACGUCAGCUGGAUAAAGCCAAGUUGAAGUCGGGAACCAGAGUAGCACUUGAUAUGACCACACUUACAAUUAUGAGGCAUUUACCACGAGAAGUAGAUCCACUUGUAUACAACAUGUCUAUAGAAGAUCCUGGAGACGUGAGUUAUAACCAGGUGGGAGGUCUCGGAGAACAGAUCAGAGAACUAAGAGAGGUGAUAGAACUGCCACUGAUGAACCCAGAAUUGUUCCAGCGUGUAGGUAUCACACCACCAAAAGGUUGCUUACUGUAUGGCCCACCAGGUACUGGGAAAACUCUCCUAGCCAGAGCUGUAGCUUCACAGCUAGAUGCUAACUUCCUUAAAGUUGUUUCAAGUGCUAUUGUAGACAAAUACAUUGGAGAAAGUGCCAGACUGAUCAGAGAAAUGUUUGCCUAUGCCAGAGAUCAUCAACCAUGUAUCAUAUUUAUGGAUGAAAUUGAUGCUAUUGGUGGUAGAAGAUUCUCAGAAGGUACAUCAGCUGACAGAGAGAUUCAGAGAACUCUUAUGGAGUUGUUGAACCAGAUGGAUGGUUUUGAUGCUUUAGGUAAAGUUAAGAUGAUUAUGGCCACCAACAGACCAGACACACUGGACCCUGCUUUACUUAGACCUGGUAGACUCGACAGAAAAAUUGAAAUUCCACUUCCAAAUGAACAAUCUCGUGCAGAUAUUCUCAAGAUUCAUGCUGCUCCAAUAGCUAAACAUGGAGAAAUAGAUUGGGAAGCAGUGGUAAAAUUAUCUGACGACUUCAAUGGAGCAGAUCUUAGGAAUGUCUGUACUGAAGCUGGUAUGUUUGCUAUUCGUGCUGAGAGAGACUAUGUUAUAGAAGAAGAUUUUAUGAAAGCAGUCAGAAAAGUUGCGGACAACAAGAAAUUGGAAUCUAAACUGGAUUACAAGCCACUAUAAAUGUUUCCCACAGAAAAAAAAUCAUUAUUAACUUGACUGAGUCACAUAGUGCUCUUAUUCAGUAUAGUAGGGAACUAUGAAGGAAGUUUUGUGAAUAUUUAAGCAUCUGAAUAUAAGAUUAUUUUUAUCAUAAUGCAGUUAGUUCUGUGUGAAAUAUUGCAGCAGAUUAUUCCAGACGGUCUAUAUGUUUUGCCUCACUUAUGACGACUUUCCUCGUAAAAAAAACUACAUACAGAUUUUAUUGAUAGUUUCUUAAGUAGAAACAUCUGAAUAUUAAUAUUUAGUAGUGCUGUAUUAAUUGUUGCACAGAAAUAAAUUUUCGCAUUGUA